GCAGUUUUUACGUAUUUUAAAUUUUAAUUCGCCUAUCUUCGCUGUCUCUGUGUACAAAUAAUUAUAAUCAGUGCAUAAAAUAAAUAGUUUAAUAUACAGGCCUAAAUAACAUAACUUAGUUUAGUGUCUGCGAGUGUACAUUUUAAGAUAACAGCACGAACACCGAGCGAUCCAAAACGUUACAUUCUCGUCUAGUCUUAGAAGAAACUAAAAUGAAAUAAGCUGUGUUAUUUCUACGUUUAGUUAACUUAACUUAAGCCAGUACUUAUUUGUGUUAGUGUUAGUUAUUUUGAACCGAAAAUGCAGAUACUUAAGGCUCGUUUUGCCUUGAGGGCGUCCGCCUCUCAGUUCCAAGCAUGGAGCACUGCCAAAACGAGGACAGCCACCACGGACUCAAAGACAGUGGAAUACCGGCCAAUCAGGAGCGUGCUCGUGGCGAACCGAGGCGAGAUCGCCAUCCGCGUGUUCCGGGCGUGCACCGAGCUCGGCAUCCGCAGCGUCGCCAUCUACAGCGAGCAGGACAAGCUGCAGAUGCACAGACAGAAAGCGGACGAAUCCUACAUAGUUGGCAAAGGGCUGCCUCCCGUGGAGGCGUACCUCAGCAUCCCGGAGAUCAUCCGCGUGGCCAAGGAGAAUGAUGUGGAUGCGGUCCAUCCCGGAUAUGGAUUGCUUUCUGAGAGGUCAGACUUCGCGCAGGCCAUCAUCGACGCGGGGCUGCGCUUCAUCGGGCCCUCGCCCAAGGUGGUGCAGCAGAUGGGAGAUAAAGUGGCGGCGAGGCGGGCGGCCAUCGAAGCGAAGGUUCCGAUCGUGGCUGGUACGGACGGACCAAUCACAACGAAGGAAGAAGCAUCAGAGUUCUGCAAGAAACAUGGUCUUCCAGUUAUAUUUAAGGCGGCAUACGGCGGCGGCGGUCGCGGCAUGCGAGUGGUGCGCGAGAUGAGCGAAGUAGAAUCAGCGUUCGAGCGAGCGUCGUCUGAGGCGCUCGGCGCUUUCGGCAACGGGUCCAUGUUCAUUGAGCGCUUCAUUGAGCGACCUAGACACAUUGAGGUGCAGCUACUGGGAGACAAAGCCGGUAACGUGGUGCACCUCUACGAGCGAGACUGCUCCGUGCAGAGGAGACAUCAGAAGGUGGUCGAGAUCGCACCCGCACCGAGGUUGGACCCUGAGGUUCGUCAGAAGAUGGUGGACUGCGCGGUUCACUUGGCCAAGUAUGUCGGCUACGAGAACGCCGGCACUGUCGAGUUUCUACUGGACGAUAAAGGCAACUUCUACUUCAUUGAGGUCAACGCUAGAUUACAAGUGGAACACACAAUAACAGAAGAAGUGACCGGCAUCGACCUCGUCCAAUCACAGAUCCGAGUGGCUGAGGGCAUGACGCUGCCUGAACUCGGGUUGACCCAGGACAAGAUCAAGGCGUCAGGGUUCGCGAUCCAGUGUCGAGUGACUACGGAGGAUCCGGCGAAUAACUUCCAGCCUAGCACGGGAAGGAUUGAGGUGUUCCGGUCGGGCGAGGGUAUGGGCAUCCGUCUGGACUCGGCGUCCACGUACGCGGGCGCCGUCAUCUCCCCGUACUACGACUCGCUGCUUGUCAAGGUAAUCUCCCACGCGGCCGACCUCCCGUCAUCAGCCGCUAAAAUGAACCGAGCCCUGCGAGAGUUCCGCAUCCGAGGAGUCAAGACUAACAUACCUUUCCUGCUUAAUGUGUUGGAGAACCAGAAGUUCUUAAACGGGUCAGUCGACACAUACUUCAUCGACGAACAUCCUCAACUCUUCAUGUUCAAGCCAUCACAGAACAGAGCUCAGAAGCUGCUGAACUACUUGGGACAGGUGUUAGUGAACGGACCGGCCACGCCGCUAGCGACAUCUAUACCGCCCGCUGACGUCAAGCCGUAUAUACCACCAGUGCCGCUGGUCGGAGGACAGGACCUCUCCCCCGAAGCCAUUAGGCGACAAGAGUUAACCGGAGAGAACACAGCCGUGAAGCCCCCUCGCGGCUACAAGCAGAUCUUGGAAGAGGGCGGCCCCGAGGCGUUCGCCAAGGCCGUGCGACAGAACAAAGGGCUCCUUCUGAUGGACACUUCGUUCCGCGACGCGCAUCAAUCCCUACUAGCCACCAGAGUCAGGACGCACGACCUGCUGGCCGUGUCGCCGUACGUCGCGCACAACUUCAGCCGACUGUACUCGCUCGAGAACUGGGGCGGCGCCACUUUCGACGUCGCUCUCAGAUUCCUGCACGAGUGCCCCUGGGAGCGUCUCGAGGACAUGCGGCGGCUGAUCCCCAACAUCCCCUUCCAGAUGCUGCUGCGAGGCGCCAACGCGGUCGGGUACACCAACUACCCCGACAACGUGGUGUACAAGUUCUGUGAUAUGGCUGUAAAAUCCGGGAUGGACAUUUUCCGAGUCUUCGACUCCCUGAACUACCUACCCAACUUGAUCCUAGGAAUGGACGCGGCUGGCAAAGCCGGCGGAGUCGUCGAAGCCGCCAUUUCAUACACUGGAGACGUGUCCGACCCUAGCAAGAAGAAAUAUGACCUCAAGUACUACGUGAACUUGGCAGAUGAACUGGUGAAGGGGGGCACUCAUGUGCUGGCCAUUAAGGAUAUGGCUGGGUUGUUGAAGCCUAGGGCUGCUAAACUUCUAAUCACAGCCAUCCGCGACAAGCACCCGGACAUCCCGAUCCACGUCCACACUCACGACACGUCCGGCAACGGCGUGGCGUCCAUGCUGGCGUGCGCGGACGCCGGCGCGGACGUCGUGGACGUGGCCGUGGACGCCAUGUCUGGCAUGACUAGCCAGCCGAGUAUGGGCGCGUUGGUUGCUGCGUUGCACGGCGCGAGUAAUGACACUGGCAUACCUCUACAAACGGUCUCCGAAUACUCAGCGUACUGGGAACAGGCAAGAACUCUGUACGGUCCCUUCGAAUGUACCGCUACCAUGAAGUCUGGAAACGCUGAUGUCUACAUGAACGAGAUACCUGGAGGUCAAUACACCAACUUGCAGUUCCAAGCAUUUUCAUUGGGAUUGGGCAGCCAGUUUGAGGAGGUUAAGAAGGCUUACAGAGAAGCCAACCUUCUCCUCGGUGACAUAAUCAAAGUGACGCCUUCAUCCAAAGUGGUGGGUGACUUCGCUCAGUUCAUGGUACAGAACAAGUUGACCGCAGAAGAGAUAUUGGAGCGGGCUGAAGAGCUGUCGUUCCCGAAGUCUGUGGUUGAGUUCUUGCAGGGAGCUAUCGGGAUCCCGUAUGGAGGGUUCCCUGAACCGCUUAGGUCCAAAGUGCUGAAGGACAUGGUCCGCAUCGAGGGCCGGCCGGGGCAGGAGCUGCCGCCGCUCGACUUCGACCAGCUCAAGAAGGAGAUUCAGGAGACUUAUCCUGAUGUGUCAGACCAAGACGUGAUGUCGGCGGCGAUGUACCCGCAAGUGGCGAAGGACUACUUCCGCAUCCGCGACAAGUACGGCCCGGUCAAGCACCUCGACACCAAGACCUUCUUCACGGGGCCUUCCAUCGGCUCGGAAAUCGAAGUGAAGAUCGAGCGAGGCAAGACGCUGGACAUCAAGAUAGUGGCUCUCUCAGACGAGAUGACCGCCGCCGGCGAACGAGAGGUGUUCUUCGAGCUCAACGGACAGAUGCGCUCUGUGUUCAUCAGGGACGAGAACGCUAGCAAGGAGAUGAAGAUUCACCCGAAGGCUGUGAAAGGCGACAAGAGUCAAGUGGGAGCCCCCAUGCCUGGCACUGUUUUGUCUGUCAAAGUGAAGGAAGGAGACAAGGUAGAGAAGGGUCAAGCUAUCGCCGUCCUGUCAGCCAUGAAGAUGGAAAUGGUGGUCCAAGCAGCCAAGGCCGGUACCGUCACAUCUGUAGCCAUUACCAACGGACAGAAGUUAGAGGGAGACGACCUGAUUUGCAUUAUCGCUGAUUAGAGUGAGACGGAGAAUGAUUCAAGAUUAGGACGUCCAAUCGGGUAUCCGUUUUCUCUAUGAGAAAUGUUACAUCACAUUAAGUUUUAAUUUAACUGCAUUAUUCGUUAUGAAUUGGUACUUAUUAAACAAAUGAAAUUAUGAGACUUGAGAGAGAAUUUAAGCUUUUUUUAUAUAAAAGACAUGAAUCGAUUUUUUUAUAGAUCUGUGAGCCUGUUUGUAUAUACAAAGUUUUGUUAAGAAUUUUCAUUUUAUUAUUUAUAUUUGUUUGUUUUUUAUAUUUGUAUAUUAGGAAUGCUAAGGGUACAUCGGGGUAGUUUUGUCGCAAAAUUUAAUGAAGUAUAACUGUGAUAGUUUAUCCUAAACAAUAGUUUAAAAGUGUCUUAAUUAUUUAUAAAUGCCUUGAUUCUUAGUACAAAUAUUCUCAUGGUUGCAAAGUUUUGUAUAAGCAUGUCUUUUUCCAUGUACAGUAGGUAGAUAGAUGUAGUCAUUCCUAAUCGAAGCGACACAGGGUGAGAUAUGAAAGAAAAUGUAUGCUUAAUUAUAAAUUUUAUUUUAAAAACAGGUUUAAAACCUGAGUAUGUAGACACUUAAUUUUAUUUAAUUACGUUUUCUAUUGAUGAAAACUUGGUGCUCAUACGACGGUACUUCAAUACGUGCAAUUGUUAUUUCUUUGUUUGUACAUUAUUUAUUUAAUAAAAUAUAUUAUGUUUAUACUGUUUUAAA